AUGCCCGGGGCUAGACGGGGCCUCGUGGCCCCACAAAAUACCUUCCUGGAAAAUAUUAUCAGGCGGUCCAGUGGCCAACAUAGCAGUUUUCUGUUGGCGAACGCACGGAUCGUGGAGUAUCCUAUUGUAUAUUGUAAUGAUGGAUUCUGUAAACUCUCAGGAUAUAACCGAGCGGAAGUCAUGCAGAAAAGUUGCACGUGUAGUUUUAUGUACGGUGAUUUAACAGACCAAGACACAGUUCUAAAAAUAGAACAGUCUUUUGAAGGUGUGGAACAAGAACAAGUGGAGAUUCUAUUGUAUAAGAAAAAUAGGACUCCGCUAUGGCUACUGCUGCACGUCGCGCCAAUCAAAAACGAGAAGGACCAGGUCGUGCUCUUCUUGUGCACGUUCAAAGACAUAACUGCUUUAAAACAACCAAUCGACGAGGAGGGUGGCAAAGCUGGCAUGAGCAAGUUUGCGCGCCUCGCUCGAUCUGUGACGCGGAACAAGUCGACACUUCUUCAGUUUUCAUCACAUAUACCCAACACAAAGUUCGACAACUCCAAACCCUCACAGCUUGCAAACAUGAUGAACCUGAACGCGGAUGUACUGCCCCAAUAUCGUCUAGAAGCACCCAAGACUCCUCCUCAUAUCAUUUUGCAUUACUGCUUGUUCAAAACUAUAUGGGAUUGGAUGAUAUUGACCUUGACCUUUUACACAGCGGUCACGGUACCGUAUAACACUGCCUUCAGAAACAAGACAAUGGACCAGGUGCCAUUGCUUGUCCUUGACAGUAUCGUCGAUGUUGUGUUUUUCGUGGAUAUCAUUCUUAAUUUUCAUACGACAUUUGUGGGUCCAAGUGGUGAAAUUAUAUCCGACCAUAAAAUUAUUCGUAUGAACUAUUUGAAGAGCUGGUUUGUAAUAGAUCUUUUGUCCUGUCUCCCGUAUGACGUCUUCAAUGCCUUCCAAUACGUAGAUGACGGGAUAAGUACCCUUUUCAGCGCUUUAAAGGUGGUUCGUCUCUUAAGGCUCGGGAGAGUAGUCCGAAAGUUGGAUCAUUAUUUAGAAUAUGGAGCCGCCAUGCUGGUUUUGCUCAUCCUUGUUUUCAUACUGUUUGCUCAUUGGUUUGCUUGUAUAUGGUAUUCUAUCGGCCUAACUGAACUUCAAAGCGGCCUUGAAUAUGGCUGGCUUUCUACACUAGCAAAUACCACAUUUGAACCUUUUACAUGGACUAAUACUACCACGAAAACCACGCUCACCGGAGGCCCAAGCAAGGGCAUGCGGUAUCUCACCUCGCUCUAUUUCACGUUGUCCUGCAUGACUGGUGUCGGCUUCGGCAACGUAGCAGCAGCAACUGAACACGAGAAACUGUUUUCUAUAUUUAUGAUGAUAAUUGGAGCCCUGCUCUAUGCAACAAUAUUUUCCAAUGUGACGACCAUAUUCCAGCAGUUCUACGCUAACUUUGCACGAUACCAUGACAUGCUGAACAGUGUACGCGACUUUAUGAAACUGCAUGACGUCCCUAAGAUCCUGGGCGAGCGCGUGAUGGACUAUAUUGUUUCCACGUGGGCCAUCACCAAGGGUAUCGACGCUACCAAGGUAUUGAACUAUUGUCCCAAAGAUAUGAAGGCCGAUUUGUGUGUGCACCUUAACCGGAAGGUGUUCAUGGAGCAUCCGGCCUUCCGAUUGGCCAGCGAUGGCUGCCUGAGGGCGCUCGCCAUGCACUUCAACAUGACGCACAGUGCGCCGGGUGACCUGAUAUUCCAUCAGGGCGAAAGUCUGGACGCCUUAUGUUUUGUCGUGUCCGGUUCACUGGAGGUCAUUCAGGACGACGAGGUGGUAGCCAUUUUGAGUAAAGGGGACGUGUUUGGCGACAACUUUUGGAAGGAGCAGUCGAUUGGUCAGUCUACUGCCAAUGUACGCGCACUCACUUACUGUGACCUUCAUACCAUCAAAAGAGUCAGAAUAUUAGAAGUGCUGGAAUUCUACCACGCCUUCGCCAACUCGUUCGCCAGGAACCUUACACUGACAUACAACCUCCGGCACAGGUUAAUUUUCCGGAAAGUGGCCGAUGUGAAAAAAGAGAAAGAAUUGGCAGAAAAGAGAAAAAAUGACCCACCACUGGAGCUGUCAAGUGAUCAUCCAGUCCGUAAGCUCAUCUCCAGGUUCCGCAAAAUCAGUGAUGCCAAAGCCAUGCAACCUAAUAACGAUCCCGAGCGUGGACGUAUGUCAUCAAUGGAUACUCCAGAACGACCACGGAGUUUUACAAGGCUUAUCAAUGUGUCGGAGGGAUCUCAAGGUGGCUCACCAGUUCCAAAAAUUGGAGGUGGAGCUAUGAAAUGGGGGAAGAUAAUGAACGGGACAGUUUCAUCUGAGGGAACAUCUGAUAACAACCAAAAUAAGAUCAAUGUUGACAAAGAGAAAGAGGAUUUACAAACAAAAAUAAACGAGGCACCAAAAGCAACAGUGAAACCUCUAUCUAAAUGGGGGAAAAUGAUGGCAAAACCUCCGGAGCCGAUAAAUGAAGCUCCGGAGGAUGAUCAGAAAUCGAAUCUGAAAAAGACAGAUUCCACGGAUAGUGGUAUUCUCCGAAGUAAUGUAAAAUUAGACCAGUUAGCAGACGACACGGUGAACGAGGGUCCCCAGACCUUGAGAGAAUCGACAUCCGGGGCACUCUCGGUAGCCGAGCGUCAGGUGCUGACGUCACUGUAUGAUAUCAGACUAGAAAUCAAAGAAGAAAUAGACGUGUUGCACCAAAAAAUGUCAAGAAUAGACGAACAAAUGUCGGAAAUUCUUCGGAUGUUUUCUCCAAGCUCAACUCCAUGUUCGUCACAAGAGUCGACAUAUCCAGUGUCGAAAAUAACUUCCCCACGUAAUACUACCACCAACACCACGGCGAGUGCCGAGAACACUCCUAAAUCCUCAGUAGAAUCAUCGCCGAAACGUCGUGUGUGUGAUGUUAACUUUAUUUCAAAAUCAUCAGCUCCACGACCAAACUCGCCAGCUAGUGUUAAGUCUCGUGACUCGCAAUCAAAGACAUCUCAGGGCUCUUCCGUAGAUAUGUCUAGAGGGUCUCAGAAUGGAUCCCGUUCUUCCUCGCCAGCUGGCCGUAGUUCAACACCUGUAAAGACUUCGAGCGUCACGUCAAUGUGUGACGAUGUUCUUAAAAUGGAUGUUAAAUCCAAGUUGAUUAAAGCUCACCCAAAAGGCCUGCAAAACAAAGCAAGUGCUCGAUACAGUUCACAUGCAAACAACCAGCAAAGACAACAUUCCCCACCGAAACAUGUUCAACUAAGCAGCUCAUCGGACCCCUCGGGGUCCGUUAGUGAUUCGGGGUCUCAACAAUCACAACCGUCCCAAGGAGCUCAUUCGUCUCCAGGAGACGUACAUUCUGGGUCAGAGCGAAGCCAGCCCGUGCUGGCUGGACUUCGGAUUCCCUUGGACGAUAACGACGCGCAUAUCAAAGACAGAGACCUAGAUAUCUUAUGA